UUUAUUCUGUUAUAAUAUGUUUCUAUUGUACUAUUUUACGAAUAGAGUUGUUGGAUAAACAAUGUUUGUUCAUUGUGCGCAAGAUGGCUUUGAUUGGUUAGCGCACUCCAUAACCAAGAGCAGUGUACAUGCGCACUUAUGAUGAUUCUGGCUCUAAAUGUAAACCAAUGGUCUUUUAUAUCAUUUAGUUUUAUAGUACUACAACUACUAUUUAUAUAUUUUGCACAACAUGCAUGUAAUUAAUAAAAUGGUAUACAAGUUGUGGGAAUUCUUUUGUAGUCAGACGUGAUGCAUGAAACGAUUCUGUUCUCUCAUGAAAUAAUUAUUUCAAACGUCACUAGGUUACAAAUUUUUACUGUAUCAAUGUAAAUAUUACUUUAGUAGCAUGGCAGAUUUUUUAGAUGCAACAGAAACUGAUGAUUCUUUAAAUAUUGCCACUAAAGAUUGGAAUCGUGCUGUUGAAAUUGCCAAAAAGAAUGGUUACAGAGAAGGAAUAGAAAAUGGAGCAAACUCUGUUUUUCAAAAAGGUUUCGACAAAGGUUAUGAGGAAGCUUUUGAAACUGCUUUUAUGUUAGGAAAAUUUAAAAGUUUAUUAAAUGUUAUACCGCAAAAUAUUAUACUUCCUGAACACAUAAAAGAAAUUCUUGAUAAAACUAAGAGAGGUGCAUGUUACAUAUGCAUGGGAGAAUCUCAAGGCAAAAAUAAUACACAGAAAUCAUUUUCACAAAUUAUUAAUGAACAAAGAAAACAUUCGUUACAUGUUAUUCAAAUCCUUGAUGAAUAUUUUCAACCGUAUGUUAAAGAAUUGAAUAUUAGUAAGUUAGAUAUAUCCAAAUUAAAAAAUCAGGUUGAAAAAUUAUCUGAAGAUGAACAAUACAAUUAAAAUGUAAACUUUUGUAUUUUUUUUGUUUAUUAGUAUACAUGAUAUUCAUAUGUUAAUCUUGUAAA